AUGAUUCACUUUUUAUUGCUGCACCAUGAAGAUGCUCAUCGCCCCACACUGUGCACCCAUUGUAGGACAACGGGCGUGAUGAAUGCACCAAGUGUUGCACCGGAACAGGCGCACGAGCUCGAAGCCACGCACCGCGCACCCCUACGCAAUGCCUCGUUUGCUGCACCACGUGCUAAUUCGGCCAACGCUGCCGGUAUAGUGUGCACAGUCGGUGUGAACACGAUGCCUAACGCCACACACAGAGCAGCCGGCAGCGGUGGCCCCGUCCGGGGCGCCUUAACGCCUUCACGCCCCAUG